CAGGUGCUCGGGGUGACCCAGCUCUCUGCAAAGAGAGCCCCGAGUGACCGAAACCACCGUGUCGUGUUGUGUGACUCAAGUGGACCUUUCGGUGCCGGCGUGGGGAGCUGGCCGGGGCCAAGGAGGGGCUAGGAGCUUGGUCACACAUCUGCUCUUUUGUCACUUAAAGAGAAAAGUGCUUCGUUAUGGCUGGCUUUCCAGAAUCGAGGACAAGCAUCUGUGUCCUUUAAAUGAUAGGAAAGGAUGUUUGAGAAACCACGUCUCUCCCCAUCUAGGCUGUCUUGCUCGGCUCAAAAACCAGAUGAAGAGAUUUGCUUUGCUGUGGAAAUGCGUAGGGGUUUGUGUUUGUUUUGGUUUGUUGUGUGUUUUUGUGACACGUAACCUUUUUUCUACACGUGCCGGUUUUGAAGAUGAACCCGCCCCCGUGUGGCCUCCCGGGCGGGGCUUCUUAGAGAUCCAGUUCCAGAGUGAGACCCUGCCCCUUCCUUUCUUUUCAGCCAGAGAAAAUUACAGGCAGUGUGACUCCCGUCUUCUGUUCCAAAGUCCGGGGAGGCUGAUCUGGGCGCACCGGAUAUUUCUGGUUCUAAGGUUGUGUGGCUCGUGGGAUCUCUGGAUGAGAUAGGAUUAUCCUGUCAUGACUUCUGGGUCCUGUGGCUUUUACUGGAUCAUUCAUGGCUACGGCCGCCUGGGCUGCUUCCUUCCCUGGCUUCCUCGUCUCUCUCUGUUAGGGAUCUCGAAUGGACAAGGAGCAUGGAUUUCGAGCGUUGAGCGAUCAUUCUUUUCAGAGGGCUCUCCAACUGGGAAAGACACCAGAGGGAUCAGAUUUUCAUUUCCUGAAACUUCACCCAAACCUAUAACCGGUCGUCUUGAACGUUCCGGAUCUCUACCAUUACCUGAUGCUGCUGAUAAACUCAGGAUGGCUUUAAACUCAGGGCCCCCGCCAGGUGUCGGACCUUUCUAUGAAAACCAUGGAUACCAGCCUGAAGGCCUGUACCCCCCGCGGCCCGCCGUGGUCCCCGGCGCCUACUCGGCGUAUCCGGCUCCCUACUACCCGCCCGCGGUGCCCCAGUACGCGCCGAGGGUGCUGACGCACGCUUCCACGCCCAGCAGCCACACGCAGCCCAAGUCCCCGUCGGGGACAGUGUGCACCUCAAAGGCGAAGAAAGUGCUGUGUAUCACCUUCACCCUGGGGGCCGUCCUGGCGGGAGCCGUGCUGGCCGCCGUCCUGCUCUGGAAGUUCAUGGAGAACAAGUGCUUGGUGUCCGGGAUCGAGUGCGGGUCCUCGGGAACCUGCGUCAGCCCCUCUCACUGGUGUGACGGGGUCCUGCACUGCCCCAGCGGGGAGGACGAGAACCGAUGCGUGCGCCUCUACGGACCGAACUUCAUCCUCCAGGUGUAUUCGUCCCAGAGGAAGUCGUGGCACCCCGUGUGUCAGGAUGACUGGAGCGAGGGCUACGGAAGAGCCGCGUGCCAGGACAUGGGCUACCGGAAUAGUUUCUAUUCUAGCCACGGAGUAGCGGAUGACAGUGGGGCCACCAGCUUUAUGAGGGUGAACACAAGUGCUAACCAUAUGGAUCUCUAUAAGAAACUGUACCACAGUGAUGUCUGUUCGUCAAAAACGGUGGUUUCUUUACGCUGUAUAGGUAAGCGAUUCCUGGUUUUCCACCUCCCCCCCCCCCUUUUUUCCUCCAAAGGGAGCACCCUGUACCUUCAGAAAUGCAUCCCCUGCGUCUGGGGAGGCGGGGGUGAUGGGGUGGGAUGUGUCCGAGCCUUUGCGCCCGGUCCCGUACCCCAGCUCCACUCAAGGAACACCCUUCUGGAACUGCAGUGUCCCUGGAGAUGCCUCCGGCCUCAGGGCCAGGGACGCAGCCGUCCUGCGGGGGACAGGCAAUCUCAGGAAAAACUGUCGGGGCGCCGGAGGCCGUGGGUCUCCCCGUCUCGUGUUUUGGCUUGCUUCUGGCUUCCCAGCCUCUAUCCGUGUGGAAGGCACCCUCCCCCGUGCCCUCCUCUUUUGGUCCUGUUUUUCGAAUGAAAACACUGGUCCUGCAGCUCAGCUUUGCAGUGUGAACAGGACAAACUAGCCGAUGCCCCCGGGUGGGACCGCGUGACCCGGGAUCCUGGCCGUAACUCCCCAGCCAGGCUCAGCUCAGGCUCUUUCAGGCACCAACAGGGCGUGGUGCUCACCCCGGCUCUCCGGACCUCGCUGUCCACUUCGUGGGGCAGGAGGCCCACCCCCUCGAGCAAAACCUCCAGGCAGCCCCCAUUGGAUGGACCCUCGUGGAGCCCCGCCUCCUUUGCCCUGGCGGUGACGGGGGACAGGGCAGACACUGGAGGGGCUCGGAGAUUUUACCCAGGGAAGCCCCUGGGACGUUAGCAUCCCCUCCAACCUCCCUUUCUCCCUGGGUAUGGGUCCACUGUGAACUUCUGCUUGUGCCUCUGAGGCCCCUGCAUCACCCGCCCGUACGACCAGGAACCUCUGUCCUGUGGCUCCUUCCCCGCCAGCGCUCAGAGUUUCCAGAGAGGAAGCCUCCUCUCCUUUUCUGGCAAAGAACUUGUCACAAGUAGCAGCAGGCCAGGCCAGGCAUUGAGGACUCACACUUGCUCUCCGUCCUCCUUCUCCUUCCUCCCUCCUCCCUCUUCUCUUCCCCUCCUCCUGCCUUCUUCCUCCUUCCUCCCUCCUCCUCCUUCAUUCUCCCCUCCUCCCUCCUCCUUCUUCCUUCCUUCUU